GGCGCUGUUCACCGUUAAACCACGAUCCUUGAUUUCACGACAGCCGUAUUCUGACUCUGAGUAAACAAGAUGGCGUCCGGUAGCGGGUCCAGCAAGAACGACUUCCGUCGGAAGUGGGACAAAGACGAGUAUGAAAACCUCGCUCAGAAACGUCUGGCUGAAGAGCGAGACCGAGAGCGGCGAGAUGGGAAAACGGCGCCCCCGGUUAAGCGGGACCUCCUGCGUCACAGAGACUAUAAGGUGGAUCUGGAGUCCAAACUGGGGAAGACCAUUGUUAUCACGAAGACGACUCCUCAGGCCGAGAUGGGCGGCUAUUACUGUAACGUCUGUGACUGUGUGGUGAAGGACUCCAUCAACUUCCUGGACCACAUCAACGGGAAGAAACACCAGAGGAACCUGGGCAUGUCCAUGAGGGUGGAGCGCUCGUCUCUGGAUCAGGUCAAGAAACGCUUCGAGGUCAACAAGAAGAAGAUGGAGGAGAAGCAGAAGGAGUACGACUUUGAGGAGAGGAUGAAGGAGCUGAGAGAGGAGGAGGAGAAGGCGAAGGCAUAUAAGAAGGAGAAGCAGAAGGAGAGGAAGCGGCGUGCUGAGGAUGACGUGGACUUUGAGGAGGAUGAUGAGAUGGCGGCCGUGAUGGGCUUUUCAGGUUUCGGCUCGUCUAAGAAGAGUCACUGACGCUGUCCACUUCACCUCCGCCGUGAAGACCGCCAUGCUCUGGGCUGGGGAACCGGUUGUAGCUCCGCCCACCACAGUCAGCUGGACUUACAGACCAUAAGGAGGAUGGAGGAGUCUGUUAUCCCCCAGUCCUGGUUCAGACUUUUACCUCCAAAUCUUCUUUAUUUUCUACAUCCAGGCUUUUAUUUUGGUAGUUUGAUCCUCCGCUCUGGUCUUUGUUUUAAUCACCUGGCAGGUCAAAGGUCAGGGAGCAAACGUUGAGUUGAUUUUGUCUGCAGGAAAACGCUGACCUGCUGUUUCCAUAUUCCCGUCUGUGCAGCAUUCUGUCCAUGCUGCACCUUUCAGAGAAAACCAUACCUUUUCUAGUUAGUGCUGGUAACAUACGGAGGUAAACUGUGGCAUGGACGGGACGCUGCAGACAUGGAUGGCGUGGAAAUGAUCAGGGUUAGAGGGGAAAGGUUUAAGAGGAGGAACGCUGAACAGAAAGGAAAACGAGACCAAAUGAGAAAGUGUCCAUGUUAUUGUGAGUAAAUUAGGAGUUUAUCUGUAGAUCAAAUGUUUAUUUUCACUAGAAUCUUCUCGUCUUUCCUCCCUCAUGGAUGUAGUCUACAUUAAAUCAGUGCAGAGUCUCUGGUGUCAGCAGAUCGUUGUCAGACAUGAAGAAACCCAUCUGUUGUGUCUGGAGGAAACUUUGUUUGCUAAUUCUCAUUUUAAUAAACAUCUUUUUUUAUA